AUGCUUUCACCACGCGUGAUUCUCACGGCGCUGGCCGCCUUCGCCAACACCGUUGCUGCCGCUGGUGUCACCGGCGCCGCUGAGGGUUUCGCCAAGGGAGUUACUGGAGGUGGCUCUGCCGCCCCCGUCUACCCCAAGGACAACGCUGAACUUGUUUCGUACCUCACGGACAGCUCCGCCCGUACCAUCAUCCUGACCAAGACCUUCGACUUCACCAACACCGAGGGAACCACGACGGAGGCUGGAUGUGCGCCUUACGGCACCGCUUCCGGUUGCCAGCUGGCCAUCAACAAGGAUAACUGGUGCAAGAACUACCAGGCCAGCUCCCCAACUGUCAGCUCCAUCACCUAUGACAAGGCUGCCUGGAACGCGAUCAAGGUCCAGUCCAACAAGUCCCUGGUCGGCCAGGGCUCCGCCGGUGUCAUCAAGGGCAAGGGCGUGUACAUGGCCAACGGUGUCAAGAACAUCAUCAUCCAGAACGUUCACUUCACCGAGAUCAACCCCCAGUACGUGUGGGGCGGUGAUGCUAUCUCCAUCGCUGGUGCCGACAUGAUCUGGAUCGACCAUGUCAAGACCUCCCGCAUUGGUCGCCAGCACCUUGUCCUCGGCAACGCCGCCUCCAACCGUGUCACCAUCUCCAACUCUGAGUUCGAUGGCUCCACUAACUGGUCUGCCACCUGCGACGCCCACCACUACUUCCUCAUCUACUUCACCGGGAGCAACGACAUGAUCACCUUCAAGGGUAACUACGUCCACCACUCUUCCGGACGUAGCCCCAAGGUCGCCGGCAACACCCUGCUCCACGCCGUCAACAACUACUUCUACGCCAACAGCAAGCACGCCUUCGAGACCUCCCCGGGCGCCUACGUCCUCCUCGAGGGCAACACCUUCCAGAACGUCAAGGACAUCAUCGACCCCUCGGCCAAGGACGGCAAGAUGUUCACCUCGCCCGACGCCAACAGCAACGCCAACUGCAAGGCCGCCCUCGGCCGCGCCUGCGUGCUCAACGCCUACGGCAGCUCCGGCACCUACACCAGCUCCGACACGAGCUUCCUCGGCAACUUCAAGGGCAAGAACAUCGCCCCGGCCGCCGCCGCCUCGGCCAACGUCGCCCAGACUGCCGGUGUUGGCAAGAUCUAA